ACGCAGAGAGGGCAGCGCCGGCCGAGAGUCCUCUGCGCGCCGCUACUGCGGCCGGUCCACAGCAGCUCUGACAGUCCGGGCGCAGGCACAGAGCCCCUCGCCAACCCCACGCAGCCACAGCGACCUCCGGCUCGUCGCGCUCUCUCUUCCGGCGUUGCGGAGCUGCAUCUGGCGUGCACCUGGCACCACCCCGGCCGCUCUGGAGCCCGCGCCCGCCCUGGCCCGGCCACGCCGGGAGCCCGGCCCCGAGCUGGAACCCCAUCUGGAGCCGCGGGCCCGGGGCCCUGAGCCGCGCAGCCGGCGCAUGGUCAACUCGCUGCUGUUCGGGGAGAUGGCCUUGGCUUUCGGCUGCCCGCCGGGGGGCGGCGGCUGCGCAGGCGGUGGCGGUGGUGGUGGAGCCGGGCCGGGGCCCUCGCCGGUAACAGCGGCACUGCGGGACGAUCUGGGCUCCAACAUCCACCUCCUCAAGGGGCUCAACGUGCGCUUCCGCUGCUUCUUAGCCAAGGUGCACGAGCUGGAGCGGCGCAACCGGCUUCUGGAGAAGCAGCUGGAGCAGCAGCAGAGCGAACGAGAGAGGCGACUGCGCUACAAGACCUUCUCCCGGGAGCAGGCCGUGCAGACCGGGCCCGAACUGCUGCGGCCGCCCGCUGCGGGCGGCGGGCAGGCCCUCGGUGCGGCCACUGGCGUCAACGCCAACGCGGUGGCCCUGGGCGGCCUGCCCCCCGGCGGCGGCUCGCACCCGCAGCACUACGGCCGCUUGCCCGGGACCAUCUGGAGCUACACGCAGGUGCGGCGCACUGGCGGCGGCGGCGUGGAGACGGUGCAGGGCCCCGGCGUGUCGUGGGUCCACCCGGACGGCGUGGGCGUGCAGAUUGACACCAUCACGCCAGAGAUCCGCGCACUCUACAACGUUCUGGCCAAGGUGAAGCGCGAGCGUGACGAGUACAAACGGAGAUGGGAAGAAGAGCUGGCCAAGCGUAUGAACCUUCAGACCAUGGUUGACACACUGCAGGAGGCAGCGCAAGAAGCCGAGGCUAUCCAGGAGGAGAUGAACGAGAAGAUUGAACGGCUCAAGGCUGAGCUGGUGGUGUUCAAAGGGCUCAUGAGUGACCCCAUGACAGACCUGGACACAAAGAUCCAAGAAAAGGCUAUGAAGGUGGACAUGGACAUCUGCCGCCGAAUCGAUAUCACGGCUAAGCUGUGCGAUGUCGCACAGCAGCGGAACUCGGAAGACGUGUCCAAGAUCUUCCAGGUGGUCCCUAAGAAGAAAGAUCGUAAGGUGGCUUCGGAUGAUGACAUCUCUGAGCAGGAUGGGGAGGUGAAUCGGUUCUCAGAUGAGGAGGUUGGCUCCAUGAACAUCACAGAUGAGAUGAAGCGCAUGUUUAACCAGCUGCGGGAGACGUUCGAUUUUGAUGACGACUGUGACAGCCUGACCUGGGAAGAGAAUGAAGACACGCUGCUACUCUGGGAGGAUUUUACCAACUGUAACCCGACCAUUGACCUCCAGGGCGAGCAAGAAGAAAACUUGGGCAACUUGAUCCAUGAGACUGAAUCCUUCUUCAAGACAAGAGACAAGGAGUACCAGGAGACGAUAGGCCAAAUCGAGCUGGAACUGGCCACAGCCAAGAGCGACAUGAACCGGCAUCUACAUGAGUAUAUGGAGAUGUGCAGCAUGAAGCGAGGCCUAGAUGUACAGAUGGAGACCUGCCGCCGGCUCAUCAAAGGCUCUGCAGACAGGAACUCCCCAUCCCCCAGCUCUGUGGCCAGCAGCGACUCAGGAAGUACAGAUGAGAUCCAGGAUGACCUGGAGCGGGAGGCAGAUGUGGAGCCCAUGGUCAGCUGAUAAUGGAGGUCAAGUGCAACUGGUCUUGGUGAUGGGGCCAGCCUCCUCUCCUCACCGAGCCACGAGGGCUCCUCACCACACAGACUUCUGUCCUCCCUCCUGCGGAGGCCCAGCGGGACCGCUGCUUCCUUCCUUCCUUCCUUCCUACACCGCCCACCUACCCACCCACCCACGGAAUGGUGCUGUCGAUUUUCUAUCGUUCUCCACAUCACAAAUGCAGACUUCUGUGCGACGAUGCAGUGCAACUGUGCCUUCUCCCUUAAGCUGAGCCACUUUGAGCUCCAAAGAACUCUUCCUAGCGGGUGUUUUUUAUACAAACCUCUAAGGUGAGGGCGGGGCCUGGGGUGUGGCGUCUGUUGGUUUUCUCCCUCUCACCUGCUCCUCUGAUUGGCCAUGAGCUUUGCCCUCCCUCCCUCUGUGUGAAGUCGGUGGCCACUUGGGGAAAUCUGCCUUCCAGAGGAAAGAGGCUGCUUGUCCAGACCUGGGUGA